AUGUCGGAGAUUGCUUCAGCAACUGGCGGCAAGCACCACUACCCUAACGGCAUCGACAUGGGCGAGGGCAACCUUCGCUUCCCCCAAAUCAUCACUGUUUCGACGGACGCAGGCCGCGCGUGGUUCGCUCGCGGCUGGAUGCACAUGCUCAACUACAACCACGAGGAGGCCGCAGAGUGCUUCAAGACAUGCACUGAGGUUGACCCCAGGUGUGCCAUGGCCUUCUGGGGUAUCGCCUACGCUGUGAGCAGCAACUACAACUUUCCGCCCGGCUUCGCUAGCGGCUUCGAUUCCAUCCAGACCGCCCUGGCGAUGAUCACCACCGGCAAAGACCUCGACUGCGAGUACUCCGGGCUGGAAAGAGACCUCAUUGAAGCCUUGGCGACUCGCUCAUCCGCCGAAACCAAAGCCGCUGCCAACCCCGCGGAAAUGAACUUUGGCAAUACCCCGGAGCUCAAUCUCAGCUUUUCAGAUGCGAUGGCGAGGUUGUACGACAAGUAUACCGACGACCUGGACGUGGCUAUGUUGUACAGCGAGUCUCUGAUGGCCCUCAACCCGUGGGCGAUGUGGGUCAGGAAGGAUGUUGAGGCCACUGGCGAUGCCGAGAUUGUGCCUGUGAAUGGAAGCACUCUGAUUGUGAAGGACGUUCUCGAGCGGGCAAUGAAAUUGCCGGGGGGCAUGGAACAUCCCGGCAUCCUGCACCUUUACUGCCAUCUCAUGGAGCUCUCCGACGAUCCGAUUGCGGCGAUGCCGGCAGCGGAUACCCUCCGGAACAACUUUCGACACGCUGGCCACCUCACCCAUAUGGCCUCUCAUAUCGACAUCUGGGCCGGGCACUACAAGGCCGCGUUGGAUACCAACUUUACCGCCAUCGCCGCGGACGAGGCCACCGUGGAACAGACGGGCGUCGAGACCAGCUUUUACAAGGGCUACCGCAUCCACAACGUACAUAUGGCCGUUUGGGCGGCCAUGUUCACCGGCCAGCAAGACGUCGCCAUGGAAAUGGCGAGGAAGCUAUCGGCCAUGCUUUCGCCAGGAGAUGAAAACAGGCAAGUCACUGGAAUCCAGUUCAUGCUCCAAGGUCUCAUCCCGAUGGCCAUUUUCUGGGAGCCUUACACCCUCGUCAAGUGGCAUGCCAUGAUCAGGUUCGGGCUGUGGGACGAGAUCAUCGCCGAGCCGCGAGACGAGGACCCAGCCUUGUACCCUACAAGCUUGACAACUGCCCACUACGCCCGUGGUAUCGCUUUUGCCUCAAAGGGACUGGUGGCUGAGGCCGAAGAAGAGCAGGCGAAGUACCUCGAAGGCAUGAAGAACCCUGCGCUCGUCGGACGCAUGAUUCACAACAAUUUGAUCGUGUCUGAUGAGGCGCCCUGCCUUUUCAAGGUCGGAGAGGCCAUGCUCGCGGGGGAGAUCGAGUACCGCAAGGGGAACUUGAAAACGGCGUUUGAGCGUCUCCGUGAGGCUGUCAGGUUGGACACGAGCUUGGUGUACGAUGAGCCCUGGGGUUGGAUGGUCCCCAGUCGGCACGCCCUCGGUGCUCUCCUCCUUGAACAGGACCACAUCCAGGAGGCAACAGAAGUGUUCAGGGCGGACCUUAAGAUGUACCCGAGCAACAUGUGGGGACUCCUCGGACUAUUUCAGUGUCUCGAUAAGGCGGGCGAUCCAGAGACUGUCGAGGUCAAGAGGCGCUACGAUGAAGCGUCGUCCACAGCCGAAUCCAAGCCAGCCGCAACCUGCUUCUGCGCGAAAGUUGCCGGAGCUACCUCGCCCACACCCUGCCCGCUUUAAACGCCACAUUGGCUCAUGGCAGAGACCGUUCAAAUUGUUUGCGAUCGGAAGCAUGCGAAAUACAAGUAGGCUUCCGCAAAGCGUCCACAACAAUUGUCGCCUAUCAUCUAUCGCUGCACGGCGUGUAACGUAUAAAUCUAGACACAGACACUAGCAUACGAACCAAGUUCGGUGUUCCGUUUGUGAGGGAUAAAACUUCAACCUGGGGAAGUUGCGGUAUUAGGGGGGUUGCGGGUUUUCUUGUGACUGGGAUGCGGGAACGGUUACGAUCUCUCAACAGGAUUUGGCCGAGGAUGUGGUGACAAAGUUUGGGGUAACUCGUGCUUCGAAGUAGUCAGGAGACCCCCUUCGCCGGCGGGUUCGAAACUGGAGGAGAUCGCCGGAACUUCCCAGACGUGGAUGCUCCGUUUCGGUCGUUGGUCGAAUGCUUGUGUGUUGGCUUGUCACCCGGACAUUCUGAACGCGGCGAGGGCGGUAGCGAGGUACUCUUACGCGCCGCCGAAGCUUGUACACUGGAACGCGGCGUUGCACAUCGCCAGGUACAAAUGUUCUUUACAUAGUACUAUAGCUAUGGGAUUGAUUUCAGAGGGGAAAGGGUGGUAGUGGUAUCGAUCUGGAGUUGUACAUGGAUUUGGACUACCCAAGCAAGAGCAAGGACCGGGGGCAGGUCUGUUUUUCCGGUGGGGUUGAAAAGUGCGUCGGUGCAAGGGUAUCGUUUUCUCUUGGAGGCAGAAGAGUAUCAUCGCGCUGCCCUCGGCCGGGCAGAGUACACGUCGCGAUGGCUGGUGGAUUCAAGGAGGUGCUUUUCUGCGGAAUUUCUGGAGUUGUUUAUCUCGCCGGACCGUGCCGUGGAAUGCACCACGGUUAUGGAGGACAACGAACCCGAAUUUGAAGCACAUCGACGUGCGUUAUUACUCAAAUCGGGAACGGAUCCAGGGUAGCCUGUGUACCGUCGGAAGAACAGCACGCGAACUUUCUCACCAAGACGCUCAACGAGAAUGCGUUCGUGGCAUAUCGGAACGUCGUCAUGUAUUUUGGUUGUGUUGGUCACGCACAGCAGUGCGAGGUGUUGAGUGGCUAUGAUAGGGCCCUCCAUGUUUGAAGCAGCAUUUUAUCGAAAAGGCAUGAAGUGGCCUUUAGAUUUGAUGUUGUUUUCCUGGAAGGAAAAUCGACACAUUCUGAUAAGCCAUGGUUGCAGGCCUCCGUACUAAUGAAAUAUCGCGAGAGCUGGUCAAUAUUAUCGUUGGAAUGCGUUGUGUGAGUUUGGCGCGUGCGAAAUCAGAAAUUGGUCGAGUUUGUAGUUCAUGAUUUUCCGAGGAACAUUUUUGUGUUGUUUCGAACGAUGGCACGGUACUUUUGGUUGUUUCUAAGGAUAUUUGAUGUUUCAGCCGCUCCAGAAGUUUGUACAUAACUUGCUGAUAAACGUAGACGCGCCAUUCAUUGUUGUGGGUCGUACACUGUAGAGCAAGGAGUUAAGACGAGGAUACCUUUCUGUAGAGGUUGCACUGUUUGAAGUCUUGGAUAUUCAAGGUAGCUCAAUUGGGGGUUAUUUGACCCGUGUUGAAGCAGGACUAAUUGGAAGGUUGUCCCUGCCGUUUCUCUUGUAGUUUUUGGAGAGUUGCUCAGCAGAUCAUAUCUCCACCUAUAAGGGGGGGGCGGUGUACUAUUCUCGAUCUAUCGAGCGCACCCCCUCGGAGAAGGAACGGGGGUGUUGAUUUCUUUUGUGUCUGUUCUGUGGGGCCUCUGGCCAUGUGGGAGUGGGUAGGUUAGAGGCUGCAGGGUCGCGUCCCCGAUGUGUGAGUGUUGCGCCUCUACAUUUGGUUGUAUGGUUUGAUGUACGUCGUGUAAGGGUGUGGAUGGAGGUGAAUAAUACAAAGAGGCAGGCAAGGAUAACUUCAGGGUUCGGCGGGGUGUCAUCAACCGCAACGGAGC